CCUCCUCCUCCUCGUUGGUAGAAAGGUCUUUUCCCUCCCCCCACCCCCUGCCCCAACCAAGCCAUGCUGACCGCGGCUUGGUUGGUCAAAGGCAGCGCCUGGGGGUGGGGUCUUCUGCGGAGCGCGAGCCCAGGACGGUGUUUGGGGGCCACCCUAGCAGCCGCCGCCGCGAGGAGUCGAAGAGGCGGCGGGCACUGGAGCGACCCUCGAGCCGCGCUCGGGGCCUCCUCGAGCGGCCUCGCGGCGCCUCGCUCCCCAGCCUCCCCGGCCACGGGGCGACGUCAGCUACUGCGCGUGCGCCCGCCCAGCCCCGAGCGUCUAGGUACUGCGGCUUGGGCGCCCCCUUUCGGCUGCUCCUGCGGCGGGCCCCGGCAGCCUCACCGCUCGCGGGCCGGCGGUGGGGGCGCCUCUCGGCGCGCGGCGGAGUCUUCGGAACGGCCCGAUGCGGGAAAAGCAGAGCAUCGCGGAUACGCUGAACUGGAGACAAAGGCAACCACAAAGAGAUAUGAGAGCCCUCUUAGUAAUUGCAGCUCUGAUGAUCACUCAAAAUAUGAAAACCCUUGGACUAUCCCUAAUCUACUUUCAAUGGCAAGGAUUGGUCUUGCACCUGUUUUGGGCUAUUUGAUUAUUGAAGAAGAUUUUAAUGUUGCACUGGGUGUAUUUGCUCUGGCUGGAAUAACAGAUCUGUUGGAUGGCUUUAUUGCACGAAACUGGGCCAACCAAAAAUCUGCCUUGGGAAGUGCCUUGGACCCUCUGGCUGAUAAAAUUCUUAUCAGUAUUUUAUAUAUUAGCCUGACUUGUGCAAAUCUUAUUCCAGUUCCUCUUACAUCAAUGAUAAUUCUAAGGGACAUUGCAUUAAUUGUUGCUGUUUUCUAUGUUCGAUACAAAACUCUUCCUCCACCAAGGACAUUAAGUAGAUAUUUCAAUCCAUGUUACGCCACUGCUCAGUUAAAGCCAACAUUCAUCAGCAAGGUGAACACAGUAGUACAGCUCAUCUUAGUAGCAGCUUCUUUAGCUGCUCCCGUUUUCAAUUAUGUGGACAGUGUGUAUCUUCAGACUUUAUGGUGCAUCACAGCUUUCACCACAACGGCAUCUGCAUAUAGUUACUAUCAUUAUGGUCGAAAAACAGUUCAGGUGCUAAAUGACAAAUGAAGUUUGUGUGGAAACAGUGUUGGAUACAUUCUGUUUGGACUAUGCAGAAAGAACUCUUUGAAUGACACUUUUGCCUCAGUGAAACCAUGCCUUCACGACGUUAAAAUGAAGUUUUGAUCAUGUAAAUAUGCAGAAUUUUCAAUGUAAUAUUUCAAUCUAUUAGAAAUAAAAUAUAAUUUUUUACUGUACUGAACUUACAGACAUGUAAAGGUUAUUGUCUGAUACUAUUUGUUGAUUGCUUUCCAGAAAUUUGCACUUGUUGGCAUCACUGUGCUGCUUCCUUUGGUAUAUCCCAAUUGAAACAGUUAUAUGAAAUAUGAAAUAAUUGAUAUAAGCAGAGUUCGGUUGAAUUUUAGUGUAUUUAAGAUGCAGCCUGGUCAAUGAUGCAGCCUGUUACUACAGCAGGUAAAUAUAAUAGAGCAAAUUCUACAAAAUAUAACUAGGAAGUUCACGAUCCUUCAUACGCUUAAAGUAGAAUUACGUAUGUCUUCUGAUUUAAAUGCCAUAUAUGGUCACAGUAGCCCUUUAAGAUAAAACUUGGGUCACUUUCUUCUUAGCCUAAUAUUGGGGCGUACUGUAUUUAGGAAAGGGCUGCUUUAACUGUGCCAGUGAUGUGUUAACAUUGUUUUGUUAGACUAUUGUCUUGAAAGAUGACCAAUAAAUAAAUAUACAAGUAUGCUGGUGCAAAAGUUGAGAAUCAAAUGGUUGAUUUUCCAAGGCAGCUUUGUAAGGGGGCUGAGAUAAAAAUGUUCUCUGAACAGAGCCAGCAUAAUAGUUAGCAAUGUUGAAAUAAGGACAAAGUUUAUGUGACAAGAGGGACGCGUUGGCUAUGAAGCAGAUGAUUUGAUUCUGGUUUCUUAGUUCCGCUUGUAGGAUCUCAGCCUCUGGAGACUGUCCCAGCCUGUUUUACAGGCUGUUUUUAAGGAGUACAACAAAACAGAUGCAUAUAUCAUUUUGAACACUGUGAAGAUUUUCAUAAGCGUAAAAUACUUAAUAUGGGAAGUUGGCCUAUUUAUGUGCAAUCUUUUGUCUCAGUUCACCAAACUACUGUAUUUUAAGACUGUAGGAAAGUUGAAAGAUUGCUACAAUCUGAAGAGCAACCAGAGUCUAUUUUAAGAUUGUAGCAACUUUUUAAAUCCAUUAUUUGUCAGUAGAAGGGAAAACUUUAGGGCUUUGGAUAAAUGACAUGGAUUUACACUGUACUACAGGUUUCUUUGGGAAAGCUUUAUGCAAGAACUAAUGCUUCUCAUCAGUGUGGUAAGCAGGUACUGGUAUCUGACAGCUACCUUUUGCCAUAAUACCAGAGAACUAAGAAAACAGGUUAUAAAAGUCAAAACAAGGAAGGCCCUUCUUAGUAUGAUCUGGCUGACAUGUAUCGGAUGUUGAGGUUUCUGUGAGAAAAAAAAGCAGAAUAUACAAAUUCAGCCUCCAUGUUAAUGAUUAAGGGAUGCAAAUAUCAAGUGUGUGUUAAAACAUAGGAAGUUAAGGACAACGUCUUGAGCUACUGUGUAUGUGAUAUUAAUAUUUUGCCCAUUUGAUUAAGUACAGGAACCAAAACAAAGGAUCGGAAUUGUCUAACUUUAGCUCCAGUUUGCCACAAUGGCAGAAUUGUAGACUCAUGUUUUUUUUAAAAAUGACCUGUUUGAAAUGUUACAGAAUAGGAACAGACAAGACGUGCAAUCAAGUCAUGUUUCACAUGUCAGCAACCCUGAAUGUAAAGAUACUCGCUAAACUGAAAAUGAAUUUGAAAAUGUUGCAUUAAAUUGCUAUCGCAGUAGAAGUGGUUUUACCGCAGAAAUGAAGGGUGAGAGUGGAAAUGGUUGGGAUAUUCUACAUAUUAUAGGAUAUUUUUAAAGUACAUUUUAUAUAUCUACAUUUUAUAAAGUUGAUACACUGAAAAUAUUUUUGAUAGUUUAUGCAAAAUCAGGCUGCUGCAAUCUGAUUGUACUGCAGUGUAAAGCUCUUUCCCUUACUUUAUCGAGACACCAUAGAAGGUGAUAUCCUAUAGAACCACAGAGUGUAUUCUUUCAACCAGAUAAGCCUAAAUGUUGCCUGUCCCAGAAUUCAAGAAGUUUGAAAAUGAAUAGAUACGCACGUUUGUCUGCAGUCAUUGCCUUUGCACUUUCCAAAUAAAUCCUUUAAAUGAC